AUGAAUCAGCUCGUGCUUAAACGGUCUGUGUCAAAUUUUGUCAAGCCUGCGGUGAAAGUACCGAACGAGCAACGGCUUGGUUCAAAGGCUUCUACAUUUGACAGGAACCUACCGAAAGAAAGAAGGAUUAAGGCCUGGGAAAAAGCUGGUGAGGAUAAAGAGUCAUGGUUCAAACGAAAAUACGCACACGUCCAUGCGAGAGAUAUUCGGAAUAAUGAUACUCGAGGGUCAUCAAGCCUUGGCAGGGCUACAAACUUCAAGCAUCAGCAUCAGGAGCACAGAACAAAGUUCGGCAAUCGUAACAUGUUGUCGAGUUUGAAGCCCAAUCCACUAAUGGAGUAUGUUUAUGGCACAAACAGUGUGCUUUCAGCCCUUAGAGCGGAGAAGAGAGAAUAUUUUACCAGGCUUCUACACUACGGUUCCCUCUCUCAAGAAAUACAGCAUCUUGCUAGAAGCAAAAAUUUGGCACUAGAGUCCGUGGACAAGCACCGCUUGAAUCUUUUGACUAACUAUGGGGUCCACAACAAUAUAGUUCUCGAGACAAAACCUUUGCAACUACCCGAGAUCAAAAGCAUAGGCGCAUGUAAUGUGGAAAGCCAAACAUUCUCCUAUCUGGAGUCUUUUUAUGACGAGUCACAGAAACGAGAGUCCACGUUUAUCGUCAAGGAUGGCAAGCACUUUCCUUUGGGGCUGUUUCUAGAUGAAGUAGUGGACCCACACAACUUGGGCGCCAUUAUUCGCAGCGCCUAUUUUCUAGGUGUGGAUUUUGUGGUUCUUUCUCGUCGCAAUUGCGCCCCUCUUACACCAGUGGUAUCUAAGACUAGCAGUGGAGCUACUGAGGUUUUGCCCAUUUUCACUGUGGACAAACCGCUGGAUUUCUUCACCAGAUCCCAGGCUGAAGGUGGCUGGACUUUUGUCACCGCCGGUGUGUCCAAAGAUGACAAAUUUACUCAAAACAAGAAGAUUACACCUCAAGACUUGAAUGGAAUGCUGCAGGAGCUGCCCGUGAUGUUGGUGGUUGGUAACGAAGGUUCUGGAGUGCGCACCAACUUACAGCGAAGAAGUGACUUUCUAGUUGAAAUACCACGCGGUCGACAGACAUCUCGUACAUGUUCCGUGGAUUCCCUGAACGUUAGUGUAGCCACUGCGAUAUUGCUAAACGCCCUUCUCAACUAA